UUAAUAUGUCUUCGAAUUUCCUAUGGCCAAUGGCGCCAUAUCGACCCCCUUAAUUCCACCGUCUCGUCUCCCUCCUCCCGUCGCUUCACCGCCUCGUCUCCCUCCCCCCCUUCAGACUCCCCGAAGCACACGAACCGCGGCGUGCGAGGCCUGAGGGCGGGGGGAGGCUCGCCCCGUCGCUCUCGUCGCCGUCAGCAGCAGCACCUUCAGCGCCCUCAGGAGGUGGUGGUCGUGAGGGAGGCUUCGGCAAACACGCAGGGCCUGGAUCCGGAACUGGCGCGGCUGCAGUCGAUCCCCACCUUCCUCCCCAUCAUGCGCGGAGCCCUGACAGCGCCUUCUGCACGAGAUCCCGAGGUCCUGGAGCGCCUGGACUCGGCUGCCCUGGUGGCACUGUGCCGUCGCUACCAGGCACACCUCCACGCCACCGCCUCCGCCACCAGCCAGCACCAGGACCUCCUCUCCGGCAAGAUCAGGGAGGUGGACUCCACUGUGAGCGGGUUGGUGACGCAGGUGACGGAGAGGCAGCGUAACUUCGCCCGUUACGCAGAAAAGCUGAACCAGGUGAACGAGAUAAGCCACGCCCUCUCCCGCUGCCACGCCUCCCUCAACCUCAUCCUCGAGAGCCUGGAGACGCUGAACAAUUCUCUGCCGAUUCAGGACCGCCUCGAGCCAUUCGUGUGGACGACAGGUUGAAGGAGGAAGGGUGGAGGGCGUGUGUGGGGGGUGGGUGGGGCGUG